AUGGUGCUGCUGCUGCUGGUGGCCAUUCCGCUGCUGGUGCACAGCUCCCGCGGGCCGGCGCACUAUGAGAUGCUGGGUCGCUGCCGCAUGGUGUGCGACCCACACGGGCCUCAAGGCCCUGGACCCGACGGCGCGCCCGCCUCCGUGCCCCCCUUCCCUCCGGGCGCCAAGGGAGAGGUGGGUAGGCGCGGGAAGGCAGGUCUGCGAGGGCCACCGGGACCUCCAGGUCCCAGAGGGCCUCCAGGAGAGCCCGGCAGGCCAGGUCCACCAGGUCCUCCCGGCCCAGGCCCUGGCGGGGUGGCGCCCCCUGCCGGCUACGUGCCUCGCAUUGCCUUCUACGCGGGUCUGCGGCGGCCACACGAAGGUUACGAGGUGCUGCGCUUCGACGACGUGGUGACCAAUGUGGGAAACGCUUAUGAGGCGGCCAGCGGCAAGUUCACCUGCCCCAUGCCAGGUGUCUACUUCUUCGCUUACCAUGUGCUCAUGCGCGGCGGUGACGGCACCAGCAUGUGGGCCGACCUGAUGAAGAAUGGACAGGUCCGGGCCAGCGCCAUUGCUCAGGACGCGGACCAGAACUACGACUACGCCAGCAACAGCGUCAUACUGCACCUGGAUGUGGGCGACGAGGUCUUCAUCAAGCUGGACGGCGGGAAGGUGCACGGCGGUAACACCAACAAGUACAGCACCUUCUCUGGCUUCAUCAUCUACCCGGACUGAGCAGGGCCCCAUGCCCCGGAUCCCUGCUCCCCCUUCGCCUCCGCUCCCCUCUUCACCCACCUUCAGCCGGCCGCACCCAAGGCGCCACCCUAUCCCUCCAGAGCCUGGCGGUGGGGCGGGCCCUCCCGC